AUGGCGAAGCCAGACCCGUCGGGUUCGGAGUCCGAUGAAAGCGAGAAUUCAGGGAAUCCAAGUUCGGAAGAAGGAGGAGAAGAAGUGGGGACGCAGAAGGGGAUAACAGAGUAUGAGAAGCAGAGACUAUCGAGAAUUGCAGAGAAUAAAGCCAGAAUGGAGGCUCUGGGUCUUAAUAAAAUGGCAACUUCUUUGAUGGGUUCGGGGCGGAAGUCAAGGCAACGAAAAGGAAAACAAAAAUUUGUUGAUGACGAGGAAUAUAGGCCCAAUGAUGAGACUCCUAGUGAUGACGAUGACGAUGAUCUCGAUGACGACGAUGAAGAUUUUGUGAGUGGUCAAUCUUCUUCGAAGUCGGGGAGAAGUAAGGAUAAGAGGAAAGGUUCAAAACCUAAGAAAACUCCUGUUCAGAAGCAUCUUAGUAGUGCAGAUUAUAUUGAUGGCGAUGAUGAUGAAUUAAUGCAGGCAAUUGCUCUGUCAUUGCAUGAUUCUGCAAAUGAUGCGACUCCUAAAGAAAGAAAGGGAGAUGCUCAUGUUCAAGAAGAUGCAGGAAGGAGGAAGAGGAAAAAAUCGCAGUUCAGUAGUCGGGUGCAGAUGACCGAGGAUGACCUUGUCUUGCAUUUCUUUCAGUUUGAUGAGUCUCAGAGUAAUUUAUGCGGGAAAUGUCACCUUGCAGAAGCAGGAAGAGGGGCCAUAACAAUGAGAGAUCUACGAAGAGUAGCAAUUACUCAUGAUUUUACAUGGACAGACCAGGAAUUGGCUGAUAUGAUACAUUGCUUUGAUGGUGAUGGAGAUGGGAAGAGCUUUAUGAAAAUAGCCAUAGUAUUUUCGGGUGGUGAUGGUUUUAUAUGUACCAAUUGGGUUAAGUGGUCAAAUGCUGCUGCUCUAAAGCCUGUCCAUAUGGCAACAUUGUUCAACCGAACCAGGGUUUUAUCUGGUUAUUUAACAACACAAGGACAACCGAAUUUCAUGAUCCAAGAAAUGAGCUCCAUGGAACCCAAAAAGGGACACACAAGUGAUUCUGUCAUUACCGUUUCUGGUUUUGCAUUGAAGUCGUAG